AUGGAGUUUUUUGGUAUCGUCAAAGCCAUUAUUACGCGUCUUAUGUUCUCGGUACAUGGCUUUAUUUCCGUGUGGAGAGUGACAGAUGUAAAGGCUGACCCACUAUAUUGGCUGUUGCUCAUGUCAGUUCUUGGACUCUUAUUCGAAACGAUAAUCACUUUAAAGCUUCGUAAAGGACAUGAGUGGAAAUGGUUUUGUCCCAGCGUACUGUUUUAUCUUGGUAGUGUCGUUCCAAGUCUUUGGAUACUUCAAAUUGAACUUCACAAGGAGAGAGAAGUGUGGAUGAGAGAGGCAGAACUGGCAGCCAUUUCAAGAGGCAAUUGCACUGCUUUCAGCUCAGACGCGGAGGAUCAUUCAGCAGAAAGUUUGUCUGAAAUAUUUAAAGGAGUAACAAUUCCUGGGUUUGCGUUUUCUAGUGAAAAUUGGGUGCUAGCGCUGCAGCAGCUUCUUCUUGGGCUCCUAAUUCUGGGAAGAUGGAUGCUACCAAAAGGGGAGAUCACGCGUGACCAACUCUCCCAACUGCUUCUUGUUUACAUCGGCAUGGCAGCAGACAUAUUGGAAUUUUCAGUGGAAACACUCAAAGAAGACGCUUUACAGGGACAAUGGGUGUUAACUUACCUUAUAUUAGCAAUCUGGUCUUGGAGCUUACUCCAAUUUUGCCUCGUACUGACCGCGACCAAAUCGCGUAAGCCACGCAUGGCGCGCGCCUCGUCAGAAUCAACAUUCCUUCCUUUUGUGACGCGGUGUGAGGGCGGUUGUCGACUAUGGUGUGAGUCUGAAGUGUGGGCAAUCAUGGCUAGUAUAGUAAUGCAAGACGGACCAUUUCUCGCAAUGAGGAUGUUUUUAUUAAUUCGCUAUGACGUAGUCAAUCACAUGAUGAUAUUUUUUACUUGUAAAAACUCCCUCGUUCUGGUACUCCAGGUAUAUAGACUUGUUGUGUUAUAUAUAGAGAAGCACCCCGAUCGUCAUAGCAACUCGUCUCGUCGUUAUAGUGAUGAUUUGACACAAGUCGGAGACAAAAGCGCGGAUGUGCCGUUCAUCGUUUCACAUGGGCGUGACAGCGAUAUAGGGAACUUAGGUAACUUUUCUGGUUUCCAUACGAAUUACGAAAGAGAGCCAGUGAUCGAAUAUCAGACCUCUCUCUGA